UCAUGGCGUUCAAAAUGCUUUUAGGGGGAUUGCUUGUCCUAAUUUGUGGUGUGCUGUGCCAAACGAAGGAUAUUUUGGAACCUAAAUUGAAAAUAUCACAAGGAACCGUUGUAGGGUCCAUUACUGAGGAUGGCUAUUAUGAAUUUUAUGGCAUUCCGUACGCUGAUUCUACAUCAGGUGCUAAUAGAUUUCAGGCCCCCUCACCUCCACCAACAUUUCGCAAUGAGUUCUUAUCAAAUAGAAAAAACGUUAAAUGCACUAAAGCUGUGGGUACAGGCUAUGAAGGAACCGAAGACUGUCUUGUAGCAGACAUUAUUACACCAACACUGGAUAGCACGAAACGCUUACCUGUUAUGGUAUGGAUAAAAGGCACAGAAUUCGAUGCAAGAACUGAUCUGGACCAAUCUUUAAGAUUUAUGCAGAAGGAUGUUGUAGUUGCUCGCCUAAAUUACAGAGAAUCGAUUCUAGGAUUUUUAUGUUUAGGGACUAAAAGCGCUCCCGGUAAUGCAGGACUCAAAGACAUAAUUGCUGGAUUAAAAUUUAUUCAAAAAGAAAUUUCUGUAUUCGGUGGAGAUCCCAAUAACAUUAUACUAGUUGGACAUGGAAGUGGUGCUGCUGCAGUCGAUCUAAUUUCACUCUCGCCAUUGGCAGAAGGUCUGGUGCAUAAAGUAAUAAGCCAAAGCGGAACCGCACUAUCCCCAUGGGCUGUGACACGUGAUAAUUUGAGAUAUGCCAUACAAGUAGCAGAAGCUCUUGGUCAUACAGUCACCAGUAUAGAUACUCUGUCAGAAAUUUUAACACGAGCAAGUACAGCAGCAUUGAUGGCUGUUAUAAGCGAACUUGAACUUACAGACAAUUCACUAGCGUUUGCCCCAUGUAUAGAAAAAGAAAUAGAAAAUGAAGAAGCAUUCAUGUUAAAGUCACCGUAUGAAAUCAUCAAAGCAGGAGAGCAAAUGAAAAUUCCUUUCAUGACAGGAUUCGUAGAUUAUGAAGGUACGAUUCGAGCGAACGAGGGUGUUAAUGAUGAUUGGCUGGAAAGAAUGCAGAAUAAUUUUAUGGAUUUCUUACAAUCUGAUUUAGAUUUUUCAUCGUAUGAAGAAAAAGAGAAAACUUCGGAAAAAAUAAAAUCUUUUUAUUUCGGAAAUCGUACAAUUGAUGAAACUCAAGUAAAUAAAUUUUUAGAGUAUAAUGGUGAUACCAUGAUAUUAGUAUCUGCUAUAAGAGAAUCUCGUAUGCGAGCGGAGACAUCAAGCUCACCCGUGUAUUUGUAUAAAUUUUCUUAUAGAGGAAAACGGAGUGAAGAAGUACUUAGUAGGCCAAUACAAGUAGACAGAGCGGGUCAUACAGAAGAAUUGGUGUAUAUGUUCACCAACGAAGAUGAUUUAACUGAUUUAGAUCUAACUAUUGGAGACAUUCUUAUUGAACGAUGGACAAACUUUGCAAAAACUGGACAGCCAACAAGCGAAACAUCGAAAGAAACGUGGCUGCCAUAUUAUAAUUCGACUCACAGCAACUAUCUGAGGAUAAUAGAUGAUCAAGAAUUAGUUCAAAGUGGAACCUCUAAUUUAGAUUUUAAUUUAAGGAACCCUCAUCCAGACAUUGUAGCAUUUUGGGACAACAUUUAUUCUGAGUAUUUUGCAGAUGCUCAGAGUAACUUCAGUUUAGAAGAUAGGACCGAACCUAGUAGCCCAAUACCACCACCAGAAGACUCCAGCCCUACGCCAGCACCAGAUUCUGCCUCCACCGCAGUAGGAUAUACAUUUAUUAUCAUCUCCCUUUUUGCAGUUUUAGACAAAAUUCACACCACACAAUUACUUUCAUAG